UUCUCUAUUUUCUAAUUAUUGAGUUCAACAUCGAAUCGAAUAUAAGCUGAAAUCUGAGGAGGGAUUGAAUAUCGAUGAUGUUGGGUGCUUUGAGGAGAAAAGUUACGAUUGGAGGCUCGUCAGCUUCGCUAUUAGGGAAGUCAUUGCAAGCGAUUCGGCCUGGUAUUUCAACCUCUAGAGUUUCUGCCAAUGCUGGAAAAGAGAUUCUAUUACUUCAGCCUAGAGGAAUUGAUCACGUCCGUAACUUCUCUCAUCUCAUUCUCCCGGGUUGUUCUGUUGGUUUAACAAAGACAAGGGAUGUCAUUUCUAGCAUUCCGUCAGAAACUAUCAUGCAAAAGUCAUGCAGGGCUUUCUCUUCUGGAGAAGGGGAUCUUGUUGACGCUGUUGUCCCUUUUAUGGGAGAAUCAAUUAGUGAUGGCACUUUGGCAACAUUCUUGAAAAAACCUGGUGAUUCAGUCGCAGCUGAUGAACCAAUUGCUCAAAUAGAAACAGAUAAGGUUACAAUUGAUGUUGUCAGCCCCCAAGCUGGUGUGCUACAAGAGUAUGUAGCAAAGGAAGGAGAUACUGUAGAACCCGGAACCAAGAUUGCUAUCAUUUCAAAGUCUGCUGAAGGUGUAGCACCGGCUGCUCCUGCCGAAAAGAAACCAGAAAAAGCCGCUCCCAAACCAUCUCCUCCUGCUGAAACUGUAAAGGAGGAGAAACCAAAAGCUAAGGCUGAAGCUUCCCCUGCUGUGGAGAAGCCUAAACCCCCUUCUACACCACCUCCAAAACGAACUGCUACCGAACCUGUACUUCCACCAAAAGAAAGGGAAAGAAGAGUUCCUAUGACAAGGCUUAGGAAACGGGUUGCUACACGAUUGAAAGAUUCCCAGAAUACUUUUGCUAUGUUAACAACGUUCAAUGAAGUUGACAUGACCAACUUGAUGAAGCUCCGAUCUGAUUACAAGGAUGCUUUUGUUGAGAAACAUGGUGUCAAACUGGGAUUUAUGUCUGGAUUUGUUAAAGCUGCCGUUAGUGCACUUCAGCAUCAGCCUAUUGUAAAUGCUGUAAUCGAUGGGGAUGAUAUUAUUUAUAGAGAUUAUAUAGACAUCAGCAUUGCUGUCGGUACUCCAAAGGGGCUUGUUGUUCCGGUAGUCCGUGAUGCUGACAAGAUGAAUUUUGCUGAGAUAGAGAAAACAAUCAACGGCCUUGCAAAGAAAGCAACUGAAGGGACCAUCUCAAUUGAUGAAAUGGCUGGUGGUUCGUUUACUAUAUCCAACGGUGGUGUUUAUGGUAGUCUAUUGAGUACCCCCAUUAUCAACCCUCCUCAGUCAGCAAUCUUGGGUAUGCAUUCAAUCGUGUCCCGACCAAUGGUUGUUGGAGGUAAUGUGGUGCCAAGACCAAUGAUGUACAUUGCACUCACUUAUGACCAUAGGCUGAUUGAUGGAAGAGAAGCGGUCUUCUUCUUGCGACGAAUCAAGGAUGUCAUCGAAGACCCUCGUAGGCUGCUACUCGAUGUCUAAAAGGGGCCUGAAUAUCAUCUGCUGUGAUAAUUAUCAUGCAUACAACUAUCUAAAUGGACAAUGAAUAAAAUGCCUGAAGUUUUGUAGGGUUUCGUCUGUUGAUUCACCC